UUUUGAACUGAUGGAGCUUCCUCUUCUUCAACCGUCAAGAAAAUGAAGUUCAAUUCUGACGUUAGCUCUUCUCGUAGCAAGAGCCGCAAGGCUCAUUUCCAGGCUCCUUCCAGCAUUCGCCGCAAGAUCAUGAGCGCUGCUCUUUCCAAGGAGCUCCGCGAGGAACACAAUGCCCGCUCCAUUCCCGUCCGCAAGGAUGAUGAGGUUAUGGUCGUUCGUGGUUCCUUCAAGGGCCGUGAGGGUAAGGUCGUCCAGGUCUACCGUAAGAAGUGGGUUAUCCACAUCGACCGUGUCACCCGCGAGAAGGUCAACGGUGCUUCCGUCCCCAUUGGUGUCCACCCCUCCAACGUUGUUGUUACCAAGGUCAAGCUCGACAAGGAUCGCAAGUCCAUCCUUGAGCGCAAGAACCGCUCUUCCAAGACUGCCAUGCAAGAGUAAAUUUAUGUAAUUCGCUCCUGUCAUUAAAAUUAAGCCUUUGGCUCUGAGAAGACGCAAAUGUUAAUGCAAUAAAAACUCGUUGUGUUUGAAUAUAAAGAAUGUCUUCUAAAAUA